AUGACUGCUGUCAACAUCCAGCAUGGCGGACGCGGACAGCCAGAGAUGUGUGAGCGCUUUAUUAAACGGAAUAACGCAGAGACUUUAUUACGGAAAUACCGAAAUAACGGAGGAGUUUCUGAAGAAUGAGCUUUACGCCGAGAUGACGGAGGACGAGUUCCGUGCGCUUCACGACAAGAUGAGGUCGCUUCUGAAGUCUAUUGCAUCAGCAGACAUGGACCAGGCACAGCUGGAGGCUUUCUUGACGGCGCAGACUCGGAAGCAGGGAGGCGGUGCUGUGAGUCCGGAGCAGGCGGCCGCUCUGGCACGCUUCUGGAAGACCCACCGGUCACGGGUACGAGAGAGUCUGCUGGCUCAGAGCCGCUGGGAGCCAGCCCUCAGGGGCCUGAAGUGGAGGGUGGACCUGCACACAUCGGCCAGCAGGGGGCAGGUGUCCAGCAGCCCUGUGGCUCUGGUGGAGUUGGAGCUCGGACGCACCGGAGAGAGCUCAGAGUUUGUGUGUGUGGAGUUUGAUGAGCAGAAGGUGAAUCUGGUGCUGAAGAAGAUGGCAGAGCUUCAGGAGAGCAUCGACAGCAUCGUACACCGCAGCUAGAGCUCAUCCACCUGUGCGUGUGUGUGUGUUUGUUUUUUUGUGUGUGUUUGUAAAUUCAUGUGUGUGCUUUUGAGUCUGUGUGUGCACAAGUUUGUUUUUGUGUGGACGCACAUGCUCAUGUUUGUUUAAGUGCUUGUAUGUAUGUGUGUGCAUGCAUUUGUGUUUGUGUGUGUUUGUGUGUGUGUGUUUGUACAUUCAUAUGUGUGUUUUUGAGAGUGAGCUUGUGAGUACAGACAUUAUAUACUGUAAGCAUUUGAGUGUUUGUGUGUGUGUGUGUGUGUGUGUGUGUGUGUGCGUGUGCGUGCGCGCGCGUGCCGGUGUCCAUUAGUGUUCUUUGUGUAUAUACGCGUGUAUGAGUUUGUGUGUAUGCAUAAGUGUGUGAACAUGCAUGUGAGCACCUGUGUAUGUCUGUGUGAGUUUGUGGGUGUGUGUGUGCGUAAUUUUGUACGAGCGUGUAAGGUUGUGUGUGUGUUUGAGUUUCUUUGUAUGUGUGUAUCUGUGAGAGAGUUUGUGUCUAUGCACAUGUAUGUGUAUGUGUGAGUUUGUGUGUGUGAUGGUGUGCCUGUGUGUGUGUGUGUGCGUGUAGAAGUGUGUUUGGGUUUGUUUGUAUGUUUACCUUUGUGCAUGCCUGUGUGUGUGAGAGAGUUUGUGUGUAAGCACAGCAUGUGUGUGUGUGUGUGUGUGUGUGUGUUUGAUGCUGUACGUUAUUCAAGUAAAAAAUCAUGGUGAAAUCUCA